AGUGAGUCAGCACCGCUGCUUCUAAUCUACCCUUGCGCGCUUUGAGCAGAAUGGAGUCUGCUCCUUUAAUUGCUCCGCUAGCUGUGGACGAGUGGUUUCAGGCGAUGCCCGAGGUCUUGACGCCAGUGUCCUGGUCUCUGGCUUUGGCUAGGCCGGAUGCUCAAUUGUGGCAUCGAAGCUGCCCGUGGGGAGGCCAUCUUAUCAAGUUUGACCUCAAAGGCAUUCAAAUCCAGGAUGCCCCAGAAAAGACCAGCAACUUGAUCGUAAGGCCAGAAGUUCGAGCCGCAGAAAGUGGAGUGAAAGGAGUUGCAGCCGAGACACUGAUCAGCCGAUCAGAAUUUGUUGCACCGGGUGAAGCGAUUCUGGAGGGCCGAACGUACAGUUUUCUUUUCCGAUUGUGCAACGUGCUCUUUGGUGACAUCUCGAAUCCAUCGAAGGCCUUUCCGCUCUAUUGCUUUCACGAUACAGUAUGUCCCAUUGCAGUGCAUCAGAAGGUUCGUCGAGACUGUCCUUCGGAAGGUGACAGCGCUAUUGCAUUUUGGCAAGGUGGCCAGACGUUUCAUGGAAUUAUGGUGAUUCGACCAGAGACGACAAAGGGCGAGUUCAACGUUGUGUUUGCUUUCCGUAUUAUGCAGGACAAGUUUGCCAGCUGGGCCACAUUUCAGUUUCGCAAAGUCCUUCAAGCUGUGCGCAACACAACGCAAUGGUUUCUGAAUCGACCGAACAUUCAGAAGCUGCGUGAGAUUGAUGAGAAGUUCUACGUGGUCCUAUCCAUUCAAAGCUUCAAGCGUGGCUUGCCCAUGAUACCGUGCAGCAGAAAACCUUUAGUCACCAUUGACGCUGGAGAGCGACUGGGUUUGCCACACUGGCGACGCUACCAGACUCAGCAAGAGCACAACCCUCGAAAGCGCAAAUUUCACUUGGUCGAGUAUCUCAAGAUUUUGCUCAACGCAAUCGGCGAGGACAUCGAGGCAUUCGAUACCUUGGACGGGCGUGAGCUGGUUUCUUACCAGUGCGUUGUCCGCCGAACAGACUGGGAGCUCUUGAGAAACCGUUUCGCGGAGGUUGUCCCCCUGGCCAAAGCUGCAUACCGUCGCGCCAACGGCGGCACCUACGCACCAAGCAUUCACGAAGAUGCAGAAGCAAAGUUCAAUCCACAGGAACAGACCGACCAAGCCGACGGAGCAGAACAUUCGGGGCAGCCUGAGCCAGAUCCAACCACCAGGUUGGUGGUGCGCAACACCUUCCUGGACCUUGAGGAAUUUCGUCAAGACCUCAUGCACAGACCUCCUCGUAGACCCAGAACAGUGAAACUCAACGUCACGCUUUGAGUUAACGAAAAGGAAAGAACAGGGGAUGACUGGGGCACUCAUAUUUUGAGAAUUGACUGCCUUGAAUUUGAAGCAGUGUGUUCUGACGAUUCAUGAGACUUGUACAGAGUGCCAUUGUUGGCAGCGGUAUAGGCAAAUACGAUUCAGCAUUUGGGCUGAAAUUUGUGUAAAGAUUCUGCACUGUAGAGAGAUGAAAAUUCAACCACUCCACUCCAGCCUUGUACAGUGUCCAGCUUCAGAGCCGACGUAGUGCUCUGACCAGCUCUCAUGGACCCUGGCUUAUCACCGGGUGUAAUUGCGCAGGGCCUUGCCCGAAGUGAGGCAGCGAAUAUUCGGUCCGACUGCGUGCCUGACCAAAGCUCAGGAUUUUUGAACUCACGGUCCUCAAAGAAGAAGCACAUUAAGUCCAUUACUGUGCGUAGAUUUGUAGGUUGAGUGAAACCUAUUAUCCUUUAAGGAUGUGAGUCUACAGACACUUUCCUUGCAAGCAUCCCUGCCUUCUGCGCUCAAAAUGGCCUGGCUGCAAAACCUGCACGAACUCUUGAGAUUUGUCACUACCAACACACCAGACAAAAACUAUGCCACGCUAAGUGUACCUCAUGCAUGAUCGAAGUGACAUGACCUAACAUGUCUCCGAAACCUCG